UUUUUUUCUGUUUUUUCCCGUUAAUUUUCUACUUUCUUUUCUUUCUUUUAGUUUUGGUUUAAAAUGUGGCGAAAAGAACAACAUUUUGUGACGACAAAAAGUAUUUUAUAUGAUACGUUUUCACCUAUGGUAGAUGGUAACAGUCGGUCCUACUUUGAAUGUCAUGGUGUACGAUCUUGUGGAAAAAGCAACUAUGAUAUCUAUAAAGGACAAGAAUUCGAUAUCUUUGACAGCAACACUACACAGAACUAUGACCAAUAUCCUUGUACCUGCCAUAACAACAACAACAACAACAACAACAACAACAAUAACAAUAGAGACUCGAAUGUAUUAUCACCUUCCUUACCACUGUGUAAUAGCAGUGCAACAAGUAAAACCAAUGACAGAAAACGCAAAUCUGACCAAGAUAGAAAUGACAACAUAUUCUUUCGAAACAAACUUUGUAGAUCUGCCACUCAUAUCAAUAAUAACAACAAUGAUAAUAACAACAAUAUGACUAUUUCUCCUUCUACAACUUCAAAUACUUCUCGGACAUCAAGGUUAGGUACUCACUUUUUCUUUCAAACUUAUCCUCCUGGUACCUCAGUGGAUGUAUUCAAAACUACUAUUGAUAACAAUAACUGUUUUUGUACUCAGCAUGAUAUCUAUUCUUGAUCCUUUAUAGAUGUUUUCUUCCCUUCAUAAUAUUACAUUUGUACCAUAGUUUAUUUCUACUCUCA